AUGGUUAUGGCAAUGAUUGAGCAGCUUAAUAAGCAGGAUGAGCAUAUCCGAAGUCAGAAUGAACGAAUUCUUGAGCAACAGCGGCGCUUAAAUGAUCAGGACAUACAAAUUCAUAAGCACGAUCAACAGAUAAACGAGGUUGUAGAACAUAUUUCUGAACUGCAAGAGAGUGCAAUCAAUGAACAGAGCCAGUUCCAAUCAAUGAGAGGCUCUAAAAUCAGUCCUUUGAAACAUACAGAACCACGUGUCUUUGUAAAAAACAGUAGCCAUUCAUUUAUAGACUAUGCAGUACGUCAGUCGAUUAAGUCCAUGACAAAAGAGAAAACUGGAAACAGGAAAGAAAGAUCAUCUUUUACAAAACGUUCAGUAACUGGCGUAUACGUAUUUAUAUGGACAGUUGCCUCUAGUUCGCAUAGUUUCAUCUAUUCCCAAAUGGUAAUUAAUUCAUAUCCUUUCGGGGCCAUUUUUACUGACAGUGACGAGAUUGGCGAUUAUCAUACAUCAACAGGAAAUGUAGUUGCAGAACUAAACCAAGGAGAUGUUGUUUACAUACGUACUCAUCCCACUGAUCUCAUAAAAGGAGGUAUCUGGAGUCAUGACAAUUUUCGUACCUAUUUCAACGGAUGGAAAUUAUAA